AUGAACGAGUGGAUGGCAGUAGUCAGACAACUCACCACGAAUGGAGCUGCCGAACUUCCUCGGCGUCCCCCCAGCGCUAACCCAACAUCUGAUAACUUCCUGCCCCGAGAAACCCAUGCCCCUGCUUCACCACAAGGCAUAUCUUGCUCUGAAUCAUUACCGUCCACCUCAGUGACCAAUACUGUAGUGACUGGCCAAACUACUUCAACGCAUCUAGAUCAAAAUGUACCAGAGAAGCCUCAGUUUAUUGGUCUUACCAGAUCUGUCCAUGGUGUUGAAGUAGGCGAACAGGUCUUGUCGCGGGUGGAAUUCCCGCGAGUCGAAUUGCCUCCUCCUAACGGACAGCAGUUUCGUUCUUUGUCUCCCAAAGAGCCAGAUCAGCGUUUUGACGAGAAUUUCUGGAAAGGUUGCAAUCCUUCCGAGUUUGCGCGCUUGAUUCACGUCUUUCAGGAAGAAGUGGAGUCAGUAUAUCCAUGCCUGGACACGAAUUAUCUCAUCUCCAACGCGCCUGAGGUCAUCAGGUUGGGUCAGUUAUCUACGGACGCUACUCAAAAGGUUUCUGAUAGACAGAGUUCGUGCAUCGGCUUAAAGGAUUUACAGCUUGCCAAAAUUGCUAUUGCCACAGCAAUGGUAAUCGAAGGACAUGGGAAGAGUGAUAACAGCACAUCAAUGGCUAUCUCAGUCGAACGAAGCGUCAUGAGCAUUCUGCAGCCAAGUUCGGGCCUGAAGGACUUGCAGUUGCUUAUUCUUCUAAGUAUAUACUACUUUCAUAUCGACGAGGAUCUACUCGCUUGGCGAACCAUAGGCCACGCCUGUCGUGAAGCACUUAUGCUAGGCCUACAUCGGCGAAUCACGCUAUUUGAAACGUUUCCUAUUAAGGAACACCGCAAUUUGGCUGUGAGAGUCUUCUGGACCAUCUAUGUGCUUGACCGGCGCUGGAGCUUUGGCACCAACCUGUCAUUUGCAUUGGUGGAUCGCGAUAUUGACAUGGAACUGCCAGAGCCAGGCGAGGAUUGUGCAUACCUCCAAUGCAUGGUCGGAUAUGGUCGCUUAUGUUCGACUAUGUGGGAUGCACUGAUGCCCUUUGGGUUCCAUGCCAAUGAGAACCCCGAAGAGAAAACGACAGAACUUGACACAAAGACACAAGAAUGGCUUGAGUCGAUCCCUGUGCAACUCCGACUCUGUCACCCGCGACUCGGUCUGGCUACCCGGGCACAGCCUCCCGUGUUGCACAGAUUGCGGGCCUUGCUCUACUUACGAGGCAACCAUUUUCGCAUUUUGAUAUACCGAUACUAUCUCCUUGGGCCAAAUCGGAUCAGGAACUCGUAUCGCAACGCAUGGUUAGCUGUCGAAAUUGCGCAAGACAGCAUCCAAGUGCUAGUCCAUCUCAACGAUUCCUCGGAUAUUUACCGACGUCAGCAGGCCGCUUUCAAUUACUUCUUGCUUAGCGCCCUGGCUAUUCUUUUCCUAGCCGUUUGUAAUGACCCCGAAGCCUUUGCCGCGCCGUGUAAGAAAUCGCUUCAUUCAGCUAUUGAGCUCCUGCGCCAUUUUUCUAGCAAGAGCCGGGGGAGUCGCAGACUUUGGAGCAGCGUCCGAGGCAUCAUCCCCCGGCUUCGUCGGCUUGAGAGUCGCAGAACUGAGGACGUUGCCCAACAGGAUGUAGCAAGUCCUCGGAGAGAAGCAAACAGAACAAGUGAAGGAUCUACGGACACAGUCCCGGCAUUGCGGUCCCCUGAGGUGGGACCUACAGGAGAUACCAGUCUUUGUGAAGGCGGUACCAGUGCUCUCAGAAAGCCUGCAUUGAACAGAUGGGGAUCCUACAACGUUGACAGUUACUCAAGACCUCCCCCAGGAUAUAAUAGGGACUCUGAGAUGACCCCUGAUUUGACCACACCAGAUUUCGUCAGCAUGAGCAAUGAACUUAUGGGGCUCUUUGAGACAUUUGAACAAGGUCCAUAUCCUCCUCCGCAAGCUGAUACCGCGGGCUGUUGGGAAGAUAACAUUUAUGCCCCAAAUUUUCUGAGUGAGGAUCAAGGGGAGAUCUCAUGGCAUUUUAACGAGCUGAUCCAAUAG